UGUCAGAUAGUUACUGAAUUAGCUGGAGAAGCUUAGCCAUGAGGCUAGCCCCGUUUUGACGUUUUUAUGGGCACAUUUGCGGAAAGAAAUUCAAAAUGCUGUAAUAGUUCUAUGCUCUAAAAAGGAAGACAUUCCCAGCAAAAAUAACUAUUGGAAUGUCGCACAUCUGUAGUGGAAAAGUUUAAACAUUGACACACAGUGAAAGGGAAUGAUUAAAAGUGUGGAAGUCAGCAGAAACAUUCGCCACAAAAGAAUAGAAAUGCUUUAUGAUCGCUACCCUCAAAGCUAAACCUGCACUGCCCUUCCAGACGUGUGCUAUUUUCUGUCCAGUUGGAUCAGCACAAAGUUGGAGACCCUUCAAUUCUUUACCUGGUUUUCUACAAGCAAAACAACUGGAAAUAAUAAGAAUACAACUUCUUUCCAAUUUUUUAAAAAUUACUAUUUUUCUUUUUUUGCAAGUGACCUUUAGGCUCUCCAUCACUUUGCAGUAGGGCUUAAGAACCGUCUUUGCUGAUUUUAUAUCAGUGUAAUGGCUACAUGUCUAAUCACUAUUCAUGGCAUAUUUAUCCCAUUACAAUGAUGAUUCAUUUCUUUUAACUCAAUAUUACUUAAUGCUACACAUGUGUAAUUUUUAGAAAAAUAAACUAUUCCUACUCAAUAAUUGAACAAGAGUAGGGCCAUUGACAUGUGUAUUUUUAGUAUUGUCAUUUAAAAUUUCUUUUGGAUGAAUCUAAAUGAGUGGAGUUGUCUUGGGAUUUCAAGGACGUUGCGAAAGAAACAAACCACAAAGUUCAAAUGAAGACAGACCAAAUUGAAAUGGGAGAAGAUGAGGAUCAUAAGGCCCUGGAUCUUCCUGACGACAGAAAGCCCAACAGAGUCAUGAAAGAUGAUAAAAGUGAGGAUGAAGAGGAGGAGGGAAAAGCAGUUCAGAUUCCCUGGUAUCGCUGGGUCAUGCAUGCGGCUGUGAUGUUUGGACGAGAGUUUUGCUACGCCAUGGAAACAGCUCUGGUGACACCAGUUCUUCUACAGAUAGGUCUUCCUGAGCAAUAUUACAGUUUGACCUGGUUUCUCAGUCCCAUCCUGGGUCUUUUGUUCACCCCCCUGAUUGGCUCAGCCAGUGACCGCUGCACUCUGCGAUGGGGCCGGAGGAGACCAUUCAUUCUGGUUCUUUGCACAGGAGUGCUAAUUGGUGUGGCAUUAUUUUUAAACGGAUCAUUGAUUGGCCUUUCUAUUGGUGACAACCCAAACAGCAAGCAGCAGCCAAUUGGUAUUGUUCUUACUGUUGUUGGUGUUGUGGUGCUGGACUUCUGCGCUGAUGCCUCUGAGGGACCAAUCAGGGCUUACCUUCUUGACGUUGCUGAUGCUGAUGAGCAAGACAUGGCUCUGAAUAUACAUGGCUUGUCUGCUGGACUUGGUGGAGCAGUUGGCUACAUGUUGGGAGGCCUUGACUGGACCGGCACUGCUCUGGGUAGAGCAUUUAAGUCACAGGAACAGGUCCUCUUUCUUUUUGCUGGGGUUAUCUUUAUUAUUUCUGUAACACUGCAUAUGCUCAGUAUCCCUGAGAGGACAUUUGCUUCAGUCAACCAACUGAAAGAUGGAGAAGAUGAUGAGUCCACCAGUCAGUUGUCUGUAAAACUGCCUGUCUGCACACGACCUUGUCUCAUUGCAAUUGCAGAGGAAGAUGUUUUUGCACCAUCCUCUUGCCAAGAAGAGAAAGAAACGAAUCCCGAGGAAGCAGAAAUGGAUUUCCUUGCUGUGGACAGAGUUCGGAGUAAAAGUGAUUCAAUCCUAGCCAUGCCAGAUGCUACAAUUGAGUUAGACUCUGACCUUCACCUAGACAGGCAGAUUUUCUUGCCUGAAAUGCCUUCAUCACCAGAAGAUCUGGACAAUGCCUUUAAGCCAUCAGGUCUGGAGUUGUCAUCUCCUACUAAUGACCCCACCUCUCAGACUAAUGGGGGAGUGUUUGUAGAGCCUACAAAUACAGAUGUGCCUCAAAUAAAGGAUCCAACAAAUGGCCAGCUUUCUGUCCCUCAGGCCAUUUCUGCCUCAGAGAAUUCACACGUACAAUGGCAUGAGCUCUCUGCUAAUGGCACCAGUGCUGUUUUGCCUUCCUCUCGAGCCUUGAAUACAGGUAAAGGCCACACCUCCACCAAACCAGGGACCCGCACUGGCAACACUCCGGUCUCAUCACGGCAACAUCCAACAACCUUCUACCGACAGCCCUCCUUUACAUUUUCAUACUAUGGUCGAGUGGCAUUACAACGCUAUAGACUGAAACGCACAAGACUCACAGGCCCUCGGCCAAUCACCACCUCCCGUAGUCUGACUGAUCUGCGAGGCAUCCGGGGACCUGUGCACAGAAGAAAGAGGCAGCUGUCUGCAAGUAGCCUUUCAUCUGAAGGCUCCAGCAGUGUUGGAGAAAUGGAGAGGGGUACAACUGUGAAGCUUCUUUGGCUAUCCAUGUUCAAGAUGCCAAAGCAGCUCUGGAGACUGUGUGUAUGUCACCUCCUUACAUGGUUCUCCAUUAUAGCUGAAGCCGUGUUUUACACUGAUUUCAUGGGUCAGGUCAUUUUUCAUGGAAAUCCUAAGGCACCAGGCAAUUCCACAGAGCUCCAAGAUUAUCACAGAGGAGUACAGAUGGGGUGCUGGGGGUUGGUGGUGUAUGCUGCAACUGCUGCUGUCUGCUCUGCCAUUCUGCAGAAGUCUUUGGAUAAAUUUGAUCUGAGUAUUAGGGUCAUCUACGUUGUGGGAACUUUGGGAUUCUCAAUAGGAACUGCAAUUAUGGCAUUAUUCCCUAAUGUUUAUGUUGCCAUGGUGAUGAUCAGUACCAUGGGAAUCAUCUCCAUGAGUAUUUCAUACUGUCCCUACGCUUUACUUGGACAGUACCAUGAAAUCAAAGAAUAUAUUAACCAUAGUCCAGCUGACACUCGAAGAGGCUUUGGUAUAGACUGUGCUAUACUAACCUGCCAGGUCUACAUCAGUCAAAUUUUGGUUGCAUCAGCUCUUGGAUCUGUAGUUGAGGCUGUCGAUAGCGUACGUGUCAUUCCAGUUGUUGCCUCCGGGGGCUCCUUCCUUGGAUUCCUCACCGCUUGUUUCCUAGUAAUUUAUCCUGACCCAGAGCCAAGUAGUUCUGUAGAUUAUUAGGACUCUGAUGUUCUACUGGAGAAGAGGAUCAGAAUAGUAAAAGGAUCAGAAUAGCAACUAGAGAUGAGCUCUGCUCAACCUCACAGAUCAGACCAGAGAAGACGCUGUUGCCUAAGGGUAGAAAAGGACUACCAUGAUGGAUUAACUCAACAACCAAAAACUGCAUCAUGAGUAAAUUAUACCAAACCUUGCUGGUGUGCAUAUGUGAUGAGCUGUACCAUGUGUAGCAGAAAAAAAAAACAAAGAAGGAAAACAUGACUGAACAAUGAUAUUCCAUCUAGUAAAAACGUAGAUCACUAAUGUAAUCUAAAUGUGAAUUGGAGGAGAUUGUAUAUUAACAAUGCCUGCUUGUGCUGCUCUGUUUGUGGAGUUGCUACCUCAACACUAAGAAAAAUAAUGUUUAGCCAGUUCAUCACAACAACCAAGACUAAGCUUGAGCUGCUGGUAAAGCUGUUGAAAUUUAUUUAGUUCAGACUACUGGAAGCACAAAGCACUUUGAUUUUUUUUUAGCAGUGCUGCCACUCGGAUGGUGCCAAAUAUCACCAAUAUGUCACAUUGCUGCUGCUUCUAAACUGCCAAAUGGACAAUCAUAAUGCUGUAGAAGGGAUACUUGGUGCAACCGGCAUAUUUUUAGAUUAAAUACAAAUGUGUAUAUAUAUAUUCCACUUUUUGGUGGACUUCAUGACAUUUCACUGCCAUUUUACAAAGCCAAAAAAUGUCAAAAGGUACAAAGCUCUUGAGUUUAUUCUAGUUGCAUAGGUGUUAUACAAUCAAACAUAGGAUUUUUCUUUACUUACACUAUAGUUAAUAAAUGUGUCCAUAAUGGUUCAUUCUAGCAACAUAUUUCAGCCUCAAGAGAGUUAUUUCCAGUUUUUAAAUCAAAUUUGUGAUGAUUAAAAGUUUAUCUCUCAGGGUAUUUUGUAAAACAAAUUGUGACUGCUGGGCUAUUUUGAACAGUUUGGAUAGAAAAUCAAAUGUUUAAUGUCGAUUUCAAAUCUGUGAAGCGCAUUCUUGAAUAUAAGCAGGAAGGAAGUUGAGAAUUGGAGACGAGUAGGGACUUAUUGAAGUUGUAUCUUUGUGCCUUUCCUUGAAAGCAAAUUGACCUUUACCCUGUUGUGCAUGCUUAUGAGGUAAACUGUAAAUCUGUCCUCUGUUAGAGAGCUACACCAGGGAAUACAUUGCUCCAGAAUAAUGAGUAAGAAAGUUUAAAAAAAAAAAGAAAAAAAAGUGCACAAUUACACAGAAAGCAUGUCUGGUAUUUGGGGCAGAUUAAGCUUCCAAAGUGCAUUUAAUAGUUGUGGAGCUACAGCAGAAUGUCAUUAUGUGGUGUGAAUUCAGAAAGCAGAUUUUUAAAGCCUGAUGUAGCGUUUGUGUCAUUUGUAACAUCCCAAUCAUCUGUGCUGAAGGAUCACUUUGGAUGGCUCAUUUGCAAAAUUUAAAGUAUCAUUAUUACUCAGCUCAGGAGGAACAUCAGACCUGUCUUAUGAUGUUGAAGGGUUUUCUGUUUUUCUGUUACCUUCUGUUGCAGGAGUUUACUGUGCUCCCCAAAUGUAUCAUCUUUGUCUUGUUUUCUGGCAGUGUCAGCAUGUUGAAGGAAAUAAUCAGAAAUGAAACUGAGGAAAUUUCUUUGUAACUUCAAACAAAUGCCAUACACCUGUUUUCAGAUGCUUUUUUCCCCCCAGUCGGCUCAAAACUAAUAGUGAUGAACAUUUCAGAAACACUUUUUUCCUACUUGGGUUAUAUCACACCUUUGUCAAAAGUAAAAAAUUCUUAGUAGCUUAUCAGUAACAGAAACUGGGACUUAAAUUUUCUUUAAUCUGAGAAAACGGAGCAAUGUGUUGAAUGCUUUUAGUUUAGUUCAAUUAUUGAUUUUUUCCAAAUAUUUUUUUCAUAUUGCCUUAGACCUCCCAUAUUAGGAGGUCUUGCAUUGUAUAUGUAGUAGUUAUUUUUUGACAUGGUUUGUAUUUUUUUUUUAUCUAACAAAUGAGCACAUUGUGUGUUCUCUAAGACAAAUUUUUGGUUCUGUGUGUUUGUGUACAGAAUUUUGUAAAUUGUCCUGUUAAUUGGAGAUUAAUGGGGAACAUCUGUCAUCAGAAAUGAAUCCAACAGUGGUCCGGUUAAUUCUUGAGUUUCUGUUACACCAGAACUCAGACGGAGAAAAAUAUGGGGCAAAAUAAAUUUUACAAUUUUCAAAAAAUAUCUUAACAUUUCUGAC